GGGCAAAACUGAUGACACAGGCGUCAGAACCUUGGUUAGAGGACAACCUCCAAUCAACAUAAUAACCUGUAUGGUACAUGUACACCUAUUGCUGGUAGCCACACUGUAAAUGUAGUGUGCAUCUAUGCACAGAGGAUGCCAUUAUUAAAAGUCUUCCUCCCAUAGAGCCGACAGUGUAAAGGUCUGGUCAUUAUGUGUACGUACAAAGAUGUUGAGCGCACCAGUGGAAAGACACUAAAUACUGGUACGUCAACUGCUAUUUUUAACGGACUGCCAAUGAGGCUGAUAUGUGCACGAUGAUGGAGGCUUAGAGAUGGGUGCCAACCCUGCAAGGAGAUCAGGAGAAAAUUUUAGGAUGAAAUAAUUAGCAGUAGAGCGCCGAGCAGACCCACUCGGUGUGUGUGCUCAGCGAGGCGAUGAUGUCAGCAGGAUUGGGCGCGUGACGUUGCUCUCUCUCCUGCUGUCACCAUGCAAUUUGUGGACACUGGAUACUAGUAUCUUGCUAGAUACUGCAGGCGGGCAUCUGCUGAGUGCUAGCCCGGAACUGGCAAUGAUUUGCGUCUUUGUCACGUUGUGAAUUACCACGUCUGGAUUUCCUGUGAAGAUUCCACAUGACAAGUGCAUGCACACAGCAAGACUGACUGGAGUGUAUUACUCGGCUUUUACAGACUUGAUAAUGUGCCAUUAGUCGUCGUUUCCAUUAGUAUCAAUUUAAAAACAAGGUAUUUUCACCUAAAUUUGGAACAGGCUUAGGAAUCUGGUGCUACUAGGAGCGGGGAAAAUUGGAAAUGCGAGAAAAUCAGUCACAACAUGACGGCAGUCUGAUGUUGGCUCGAUGACCAGGGAUCUCUCUUCUUGUGUGUGUUCUACAGGGGCAGUAUCUUAUAUCCACCGAUUGGGAGUUUGCUGUUCCAGUUUGGUGUGUGUUGUGUCAACAGUGGGGAAUGCAACAAUUGUGCCGUGUUUUUUUCUUGGUCGCUCGGCAGUCGAUUGGCAAUACGGAUUGAUCUACCCUUGGGAUCAGAGUUUGUCUGUCAUCGUUCAAUUUUGUUGGAAGUGGAUGCCCCAUGCUUUCAAGCGUGUCCAUCAAAUUUAUCAAAUUACUGUAUAAAUUUUCUUGAAGAGGGUAGUUUUGUGUUUAAUUCUAUCAAAAAGCUACAUGGAUCUUGUCUUUGCAUUCUGCAUUUUAUUGGCAUGAAAUGUACCUGUUUAUGUCAUGUAGGAAAACCGUAUGGAAUAGGCAUGCAGUGCAACUGAAAAAAAUUAACUGGAAUGAGAUGAUAGGUAAAUAUUCCAAUUUAAAGGGAUCUGAUGUUUGGAUCCUACAUGUGCCAGAAUCAUUCUUGAAGGCCUCUGAGCAGGAUUCUGCUGCUAAGGAACUGAUUGUAAGAAAGGAAGGCAAGACAGCGUUAACGUGUGAAGUGAAUUCAUUUUGUUUUUAUUUCAAAGGGAAAGGUUGUUGCAAGCUAGCUCCCUUGUGUGGUCAGUUUUAGGGAAGAUCAUGUUUGAUAAUUCUCACCAUGUGUGGAAAAGUUACCAGCUCGGGGGAAUGAAAGCCAUGAUCUGCGUUUGGCUAGCAUAAAGAGCUUGUGUGUGGUGGUGGGUGCAUGGCAUAACAGUAAAAGUACAUUUAAUGAAACGAAUAAGAAAAGGCCAUGUUGGUGUCUGUAACAAAUUCAUGCAAUUUUAGGUAAUUCAGUGGCAGUUUUCAUGGUAUUCUGACACAACUGUUUUUUCCUUUGACCUUUGACUUCAUACCAGUAUUGCCUUGCCUCAUUACCUUCCUUCAAAAGCCCAAGUUUGACAAAAAGUUAAAAGGACUAGUUCCAUUCCCUGUACAUGUAACUCUAGAAGAGGCCCACGACAUAAAAGUUUCAUGUAUUAUAUUGUACAUGUUUGUCCCCUUUGUACAAACAUCCCUGACUGGGAUCGGGCGACAACUUUGUCAUCUAAUAUUGCAUCCAUGACAAAUUCACAAAUGCAGUCAGUGCAUUUUUUUUUUUUAAAUCUAGUUAAUUUCUUUCUGGUAAUGAAACUAAGGAUUCCUCAAAAGUGCCCGAGGCACCUUGGGUUGAAAGCUUGUGGCAACCUGUGAAGAGAAGAGAACCCCCAGAAUGAUAUGUUCUGGAUAAAACCCACAAAAUCAGAUAGGGACUGAAAACCUUUGUUUGUACAUGUAUGUUGGCCUACUAAGGUGGAGUUUGAACCCGGGUCACAUCAGUGGAAGUUGAGGCAAGCAAGCAUUGCACCAACUUUUUUCAUGUGUGGCAGCAAUCAUUAAACAUGUUGGAUGUUUGGCGUGGGGCGCCAUAGAUGACAAAAAUUUGCUGCAUGGUGAAACUGACCACACAGAGGAUCCACAGGUAUCUUCUUGUGCCACUUGUUAUGAAAGACGUCUCUUGUUGAUGUUUCUUUCGCUGUGGUAGCAUUUGUACAUGUACAUGUGUAUAUGGAUAUUUUUGUUGGUCUCGAAAGUCACGUUCAGUUGUGGACCUAAAUGAAAUCUCAACAUUUUUCAGUUAUAUACUUGGUGUGGAUGGUGAUUACUUUGCAGUUUGAUCGUUGGUCUAUUCUGGGGUUUUUUUCACAUUGGCAUUUUAUCUCUCUGUUUUGAGGUGUGCACAAACACUUGUACUUACAUAUAAGUGUAUGUGUGUAUGAAUUCACUUUAGUACUGGAAGAAUGAGCAGUAAACUUAUCUGGAAUUUGUCCAAAAGUGAGCUGGAAGUAAGUAGGCAAACUGAAGGUUAAGUAUUUUGACACUUCAGUGAAGAAAAGUGUUUUUCUGUUUAAAAAAGUGUGUCUUAUUUUCCUGUAUUUUACUUUGCCCCUUCAAUUCAUGAAAAAAAUUCAGUGGUGUUGUUCAAUGGAGUGCCAUUUUUAAGAUGUACGUGUAACAUAAACGUAGAUUGCAACCUAAGUUUGAAAAUACUGUAAACAUUGGCCCAUUGUAAUGCAAAAGUCGUAUGCACUUGGAUAAUUUGCAUGCAUUGCAAGUGUUGCCGUGACGAGUGCUUUUCUUGCACAUCAAGGAAGUGCCUGUUACCUUAGGGGUUGGAUGCUCAACAUGACCACAUGGUUCACUUUGAAAAGUAUUUGUCAACAGAUAGCAUCUGUCUCGAAAGGGGUGUGAGUUUCCUUCUUUCGCCUUAAUCUGCUGACUUAAGUAUUAGGUUUGCUCUAGGUUACUACAGUAUAACUUUUUUUUACUAACGAACUUCACAAGUGGAGAGAUGUUUGAUGGGAUCUAAAUAGACUACAGACAAAUUGCAGUGGGCAGGAAGAUUUGCCUAGAGGAACAUAAUUGAGUUAUAUAGCAGAUAUUGAUUGUGGUGUGUUUACAGAGACCUUAUAUCCUUCGUUGAUCAGUGGGCAUACAUAACACGGGUCCCAGACAGCAUUUAAUGAUCAUUCACUCGGAAUCUCCCUGGUCCCGUCCUGAGGACCAGAGCCACCGAAUCUGUCUGCAAACAGCCACAGCUAAAAAUAGUUCCACCCUGUUACCAGUUGCUUCGUGCUAAUACCUGCGCUUGUGCACGGGGCCUGUUCCGGGCGAGCAGAUAUCGCGUGACGCUGCGUGAAUGAUUGGCCGCCCGUAAUGGCAAAACCUUAAAAUAGCACAAUCCGGAUAAAUUCUGCACCACCAGCCUGUCAGGUGCUUGCAUAGGAUAUCUCUUGGUGCUGUGGGAGACGUCAUCUUAAAGUUGGAGUUGACCAGUUGGGAUUAAUGUGCCGAGUUUAUGUUUGAAGAAACACAGUAUUGCUCAAAUGAGGUUUUCGGGUCUGUGGGCACUGUUUCAAGAAAAUGCAGAAUAUAUCUGGGUCUCGCGUGAUUCAAAAGUUGACGCAUGUCUGUUUUGAAUUAAACCCAGACAACUAUGAAAAUCAGAGCAUACAUGUAGUCUACACAAAUACCUGUAGUAGGAUAUUCACAACUUGCCCAAAGUGUUUGCACCCCUUAGGUUAAAAUGCACCUGAAAUGUUAUAAAUAAUACUAUUUGAUGAGGUGCAAGGUUCUCUUUUGGUGUAUUUUUUAUUCAGGGCUCCAUUAUCCACUCCUUUCACUUUUGCCUUCUGGAUAUUGAACCUUUUAAGCUUUGACUUGAAAGCUUAAAAUCAUUGAAUUUGUUUCAGCACUUCAGCAAAUAUUUGUAUCUUUGUUGGUAUUGCAUCAGUUUUGCAAAUAUUGAGUCAAAUAUUAUCCAUUGAUACAUGUACAUUGAAUAAUACUUGUUGGGUUGAAUGUUGUAGUUAGGGUGUAUAUGUAACCGCAUCCAGCAAUUGAGAGAAAAUCAAUCCAAUUAAUGAGUGACUGUGGUCAUCAUUUUACGUUGGCACAAAAAGCCCACCUUUGUGAGAAGACUUGGUUGGCCUGACAGUGCAAUUCUAAUUUUUUUUCUACCCGCUUGGCGCGAGGCUAAAAAUAGAGUGGAAAUAGGUCUGAGAGUGUGUAUGGUAUUCAACCCAUGUGAAAUUGGAGUGCUAUUUUGGGGGCAAAUUGUACAGUUGGGCGGGGUUUUUUGGUUAUUUGACACGUUUCAAGUUGCUGUUGGCCUGGGCGGAAGCGUCGUGGCUCAUUGUUGAUACAACUUUCAGCUCUCUCCUUGGAUUGAAAUUUUCAAGCAAAUUUUUUGAAAUAUUCUCUACUGUAGUUGAAGAAUAGGGGUGUUGAGAACUAUGUGUAGGUUGGAAGCCAGUGUGGACCAUAUGUAGGCAUGCACAUUAUGGACCUGUUGGGAGGGGUGUAAAAAAGUUACUGUUUACUUGGUCUUCAGAGAUAGUACAUAUAGCUUUGAUUCAGAAAUUGUGAAAUUGACAAACACAUAUUGUCCAUGUUGGCAUUUUUCCCUCCCAUCGUACUCUGUUUCAACUUGAUGGCUAGUCUGACAAAAAAGGUAUUUUGAGAAUGACAAUAUUUUUUCUUACAUGUAAAUGUGCCAGCAGGCCAAAAAACAUGUAUGUCCUUUUUUGUGGAUGCCUUAUUUUAAGUUUAGUAUCAGGAAAAAAACGUGGUAUUUUGUCAGCAGAUACAAGGCACUGUUUUGUUCCCAAAGCUAAUUUUUUUCAAAUCAAAGGCCACAGCUGUUUAGGUGGAAGGUUUUUAUGCAUAUAAAUAGACCUCUAUAAAUGUACAGUAUGAGUCUGACGAGUAUGAUGUAUGUAAUACAUGUCAGGGAAGGGAUCACAUGCAGUUGUGAUCAUAUCCUAUCUCACAAGAUGAUUUAAUUUUCCACAUUUUUCCAAUAUCUUGCGAGUUUGCUAUUUUCCACUCAGCAUUUAUCUAUAUUGGGGAUCACGAACUUGAACUUUUGAUUACAGGCUUUGCUCAAAGACGUCAUCGCCCGGUGAUUGGGAGAAAGAUUUCUCAUAGCCAACAAUAAAAAAAAAAGAGUACCACCCCGAGGUUGGCGGUUACUGGGGCAACAAGAAGUAAUGUAUAUCUGAGAGAGGGAGACCAGCGUGAUUUGAGGGAGAAGUCUGUUUGUUUUUCACAAUUGAUUAAUGCCUUCAAGACAUUGCCGGAAUAUUUCAUGUUCGAUACUGACACAGAUUUGGUGCGGCUUAAGACAGCCGUGGCCCCAGAUUUAUUGGGUGUUGCGUUGUAUGGUAGAUAUGCAUGUGUGUUGUCAGAGCAUAAGGACAUGACUCUUGCCACGCUCAUCGGCGCCACCCAGCUUGCACAUUGACGUUCACACAGAGAUCAGCGACGCUAUUGUUUGCCUGUACUGCCACCAGUAUUCAACCCGAAGUGCAUGACAGUGCUCGAGAGACAGCAAUGUCGGCAGCGGUCCACACCAAAGAACACCGCGGGGGCAAGAUGGCCCGCCGCAGUAGCUAUUUCAUGAAGCGCAUGAAACCGCGGUCUCACUCCUUGGACCUCACCGCUCUGCAGCGAUCAGGGAUACCACUUCCUUCAGUUCAGCGGGAUGCGGACAGCGAUGCCGAGACGGAAGGAAGAUUGCCAUCCGGGGUUCCCUCUGGGUUACCACACAGGCCAGAUAGCUUUAAGAAAGCAAUCUCCAAGUCUAAUGCCUACGCCAGCCACCUCCACGGGUUUCCUUCGCACCAUCUGCCUGCUCAGCGGGACUACUCAGCAACCGAGAAGGAGAUCCGAACUACUGUUGACUGGAGCGAGAACGCAAUCAGCGGAGACCAUAUUUGGACGGAGACCAAUGCCUCAGGCGACUUCUGCUACGUCGGUGAGCAGGAUUGCUUGGUAAGUCAGUACUGGAAAACAGGAUCACGGCGGAAAUGCGCUGCCUGCAAGAUUAUCGUCCACACGGCAUGUAUGCUUCAGUUAGAAAGAAUAAACUUCAAGUGCAAGCCCACAUUUCGGGAUGCUGGCAUCCGCAACUACAGGGAGAACCAGGUGGUACGCCACCACUGGGUCCAUCGGAGGCGGCAAGACGGCAAGUGCAAGCAGUGUGGCAAGAGCUUCCAGCAGAAGCUUUUCCAACAGAAAGAGAUCAUUGCCAUCAGCUGUUCCUGGUGCAAAGUGGCCUAUCAUAACAAGGUGGCGUGUUUCAUGAUGCAACAAAUUGAGGAGCCGUGCUCAUUAGGAAUCCACGCUGGCAUCAUCAUCCCACCGUCCUGGAUCAUCAGACUUCCCAAGCAGAGAAUCCAGGGUUCCUUCAAGUCCUCUCAGCGCAAGAAGAAGAAGCCGUCCAUCAAGCGCAAGUCCAUCACCAAGAAGGAAGAGGGCAAGAUGAGGCCCUUCAUCAUCAAGCCCAUACCCUCACCCAUGAUGAAGCCGGUCAUCGUCUUCAUCAAUCCAAAGAGUGGAGGCAAUCAGGGGGCCAAGCUGAUGUCCAAAUUCCAGUGGUUGCUCAAUCCCAGGCAGGUGUUUGACUUGUCACAAGGUGGACCAAGAGAGGGCCUGGAGAUUUUCCGGAAGGUGCCCAAUCUCCGGAUCGUAGCAUGCGGCGGGGAUGGCACAGUGGGCUGGAUCCUGUCUGAAAUCGACAAGCUGAAAUUCAAGCCCUUCCCUCCGGUGUCUGUGCUUCCGCUGGGGACUGGCAACGACCUGGCCCGGACAAUGAACUGGGGAAGGGGGUACACAGAUGAACCAAUAUCCAAGAUUCUUACACAAGUAGAAGAGGGACCAGUCACUCAGCUAGACAGGUGGAACCUGACGAUGGACAAAAAUCCAGACGUGGAACUAACCAAAGAGGACCGGGAGGCUGACAACAACGGACCGCUUGAUGUAUUCAACAACUACUUCAGUCUCGGUGCUGACGCACGGACAGCACUGGAAUUCCACGAAUCCAGGGAGGCUAACCCAGAGAAGUUUAACAGCCGAUUCCGAAACAGGAUGUACUAUGCCCGAGCAGGGGGCACAGAUCUCCUGAAACGAACCUCCAAAGACUUGACCAAACAAAUCACGUUAGAGUGCGAUGGCGUCGACCACACCAGCCGGAUACAGGAGUUAAGAGUUCACUGCAUACUUUUUCUCAACAUACCAAAGUAUGGAGGUGGGACCACACCGUGGGGCAACCCCAGUGUUCAUACCUUUGAACAGCAGAGACACGACGAUGGAUUCCUGGAAGUCAUUGGCUUCACACCUUCACAAAUUGCUGCCCUGUAUGUUGGAGGUCAUGGUGAGCGGAUCUGCCAAUGCCGGGAAGCCAAAGUCAUCACCAAUGCAAUGAUACCUGUCCAGGUAGACGGGGAACCAUGCAGGCUGCCACCCAGUAUCAUCAGGGUCAGCGUGCGCAACCAGGCCAACAUGGUGCUGAAGCCAAAAAGGAGAGGCUCUAUGCCCAUCAAUACUGAUACGCCAUUGUCCAAUGACAGGCUGAGAAUCCAAGUCAGUCGGAUCAGCAUGCACGACUAUGAAAGACUCAACUAUGACAAGGAGAAACUCAAGAAAGCAUCUGUACCGCUUGGCAUCAUCGUCGUUGACAGCGACAGUAACCUGGAGCACAUCCGUGCCCACAUCGAUCGCUUGCUUGAGGUCUACAUCCUCCAGGAUUCCAAUGCCAAUGGCUCCGCCUCUAGCCUGUCCCCAACCUGGUGCUUCUUGGACUCCACCACAGCCGAUCGCUUCUUCCGAAUCGACCGGUCCCAAGAGCACCUGCAUUACAUCACCGACAUUUCGUCCGACGACUUGUAUGUGCUGGACCCCGAGCGGACAAAGCCCUCCAAUCUCUCACCAGAGAGCAAGUCGGGUUCCAUGCCCGACUUGCUGGUCCAACAGGAGGUGUUGGGGGCGGCCAACCGCACCCCGUCGCCGAUUCUCAAGCUGCCCCAGGCUCACAGUGCGUCCCAGCUACUCCAGGCUAGAAGCGAUAGUACGGAUCAGGACGAGAUCCCCAACUUACAUGAGGGCGCCAUUGGCAUCCUAUCCGAGAAUACUAAUUAUGAAAACGAGUACCAACCAGCCACUAGCAGCAGCUGUGAGGCGAUUGUUUCCAACAACUCUCCCCAGCCACCCAGGAGGGACACCCUGUGUGUCUCUGACACAGCACACCUCAAUCCUCUGGAUAAGACACUCAUGGAUGUCUCGAAGCGUGGGGACGUGGCCAAGUUUGCUGAACUUCACAGGAAAGGCGCCUACCUGAUGACAGUUGACCAGCACGGCAUGAACGCCCUCCAUCACGCUGCUAGAUUUGGCCACAAGGACAUCGUCCAGUAUCUCAUCGAGAACGCCCCAGCAAGCAUCCUGGACGCCGUUGACUAUGAAAAGAACCAGACGGCCCUGCACAAGGCGGCAUGGUACAUGCGGCGCACCAUUUGCGCAAUGCUGGUGGAGGCUGGGGCCUCGCUGACCAAGACCGACUACCAGGGAAACACACCACGGCUCCAGGCAUUGAAAGCGGAGGACCUGGAACUCGCCGCUUACCUAGAAAGCCGGGAACGCUAUCAACUCAUGUUGUCAGAGGAUCACGAGACGGCAGUAUAGCAAAGGGAGACAAGCUGUAUGCAUUGUCCGGGCCACCGCUGGUUCUAAAUGCACAUCUGGUAAAUUGUCCUCUAUGGAGCUAUCUUUAGGCCCCACCCAGAGUAAGUCAUCACAUUAAUGACAGGAAAACAACUUGAUGAGCCUGCCCUUUGCAUCGAUGGUACCUGGUGUUUCCGUUUGUAAAAGUUCACCCCCCCCCAAAAAAAAAAAUUUGCAUACCAGGGUCACUGUUGAGGUUUGAAUCUGUGACCCUUAAGAUUGUAUUUACUUUGGAGAGGCGGAGAGAUUGCGGCAAAGACAGUCAACUGUUUUGUGAUGAUUUGGAUCAAGAUUUCCAUAAUGGUUAAGGAUCAGAUUUCAGUGGUUGGACAGCAGUAACUUCUGGAGUUGAACCAUAAUUUGUGCCACUUGGACAGAGCAGAAAUACAGAAACGAGGGAUGUCUCAAGAUCAGGGUGUGCUACUCACGGAGCAAGUUCUUACACUCCAGUGAGAGGCUUUUUAUCGACAAGUCACCCCAAUCUCCUGGUAUUACACAAGUUUACAUCUCCCGGCCAGGUCUCAGUGCACAACUGCCUCAAUUCUCUCUUCAUCUCAAGUCAGGAAUGUCUCGUUUGUGCAAUGGGAGGAGCUGCUUGAAGUCAUACUUGUGAAUACCUGGGAAGGUUCCACUGGCCUACUCUGCAGUCGGAAUGGAUGGCAGCGUGGGUUGGCAUGUAGGGUAGAUGAAUUGCAGCAUUGACAAAACGCUUAUAGCAGAUGGUGAUAAAUUCAUUGUAGAUCAUUGAGAACUCUGUCAAGCGAUUGUGCUUGGGAAACAGAAAGGGGUCAGCAAGUAAGUUCAUGGACGGGAAGCUUGCCUCAGUCAUUCAAAUUAUAUCAAUUUGGGUUUUGCUGCACAUAUGGUCUGGUUUGUAAAAGAUGUACAUGUACAGGCCCAAUUGCAUGUCACUGAAGAAUGGUCCAAAGUUGGGAUCUGUGACCUGGCCAGCCUGUGACCCCUAAGUCUGGCUGCAGAUUUGCGGGAACGUUUGCUUUCCUGUGUCCCUGUAGUUUGAGUGAGGUGUAUACAAGAUGAUCACAGAAUGCAUCGGUGGAUGUUGAUGUUACUUGGCUGAGAAAGAGCAGGACCUGUGCUCAGAUAUUGGAGUCGCACUUUAAGGCAUAUCUGAUGGUAACUAUUCAUAGAUUUUAAGGUAGUUGUUUUUUAACAUCUCAGAUUUCAAACGUGGCUUUUUGCCUGCUGUAGGUCUCGGCAGACUGAAUUUGUGUGUAUUUUUCACACCACAUAGUAUUUCCAAAUCAGUGCUACCCUUGUUGCCCAAUUUGUGUUGCAUUGUCUCACUACCUGUCUCUUUCAUGGUGUUCACUAUGUGAUAACAACGGUUUGCUUGUCAGGUACCAGACUGAUGAGAACUGUGUUAAACAAGACUUAUAGUCAAGGCCCUUUCAAUUUGAAACACUUCACAUUGAUUAAUAAUGAAAUACUAAAGUUUUAUGAAAGAAUUAUUUUUGCAAAUGUUUUGAAUUUAGAAUACGGUGCUGAAAUGGUGGUAUAUAUUUACUUUCAUUUUUUAGGGCUCCCGUUAUUUUCUGUAUGAAGCUUAUGUGAGCAUUGGUCCUUCUUUGAGUAAAUAAUUAUUUUAUUUGAUUUAACGACAGUGUUCUGUUAUGACAAAAAUCUAGUAUGUCACCUUGCAGAAAGUUUGGGGGAAAUGCACUUAAUUGGGGGCCUCUUCAUGGGUUAUUCUGUGUUGAGUCAACACGAUUCUGGACCUGACCGUCACUGAUUGAAAUGAAUUUCGGUGUGCUGAUUGGUUUACUUGAGAAACCCCCAGAACCGAAAUUUUUAUGUCAGUCAGUCAGUUAGUCUUUGAGAUGCAAUUAAUGAACUUUUGACUAAUUAGCUUGACCUGCUUUGUUUGGACAGCCAUAUCUCUGGAAGUGAAGCACCCACAAAGAUAAAAUUUACAUCGUAAGGUCUUGAAAUGGCCUUCAUUCAUAAAAUCAAAAUCAUUCCAUGUACCGCCAAAAAAUUAUGCAAAUAUAUGUCCUUUUACCUUGAUUUGUGAAAAUGCUAUUUUUAAAAAUGCUUAAUUUUUUAAUUGUUAGCUUAAGAUGUAACCAACAUUUCUGGAAAGAUUUAGGAUAGGCACUCUUACAGCUUUUAGUUAUGUUUAUUUGAACCUUGGCAAGCACUGAAAUGUGUAUGAAUUGUAUGUAUGCUGUACAUGUGCAGUAUGAUGCAGAGCACUGUAUAUGUGGACAUGUACCAUACAUGUACGUGUAGGCCUACAUAAAAACCGUGUCACCGUGGUCAUGCAAAGAACAAUUCGUAAUUUGACUCAUGAGAUAAUCCCUCUUACCCCCCUCAAUUAGCAAAACUUAGCCGGUGGCCACAGCAUUUGACCAUAAGAGAGCCAGCUUAUUUUGGUCGGGGGGGGGGGUCUGCACACACUCCCGCAGAACUCACUUAUCCCGUGCCCAAUCUUAUUUUUUUUAACCCUGAAGGCAUGUAGAAAUGCUCAUUUUCAGUACCCUGUGAAGUUUCAACUCAAACUGACAAAUGGCUUUGUUUUAAUGGCCAUUUGAAGUCCAAGGCCUCAUUUGUGUCAUCCUAAGUGCAUUGAGCGCAUCUGUGGGAAAGUAAACGUCUCCGGCCAACAUAAACAGUCACUGUGCGAGAAUGGUACUUUUCCUUUUGAUUUUCAAAAAUUGGUGUAAAAAUGACCAACAGAAGUUACUAAAAAAAAUUACUCAAGGCUCAGUGCAUGAGAAAAGCACUGGGAUGAUAUGAGAGAAAAAUGUCAGUGGGGUAGUACAGGGGUGAGAUUUCUCAGCAUUUUAGCUGAUUUCAGCUUUUUUUGUUUGGGAUUUCACCUUGUUGUCCUCACUGGCUGUGAACAAAAGUAUAGGAGAUUUUCGCAGUUCAGACUUCUUUAUGACUUUUUCAGCUGUUUUCAGCUAUUUUUAUCAUUGGUCAAUCUCACCCCUGGUAGGAGGAUUCUGACUCCCCCCUGCCUCUUUUAGGGUUUAGUUUGCCACAACCAUAAACACCAUAAACAUUGACCAGUGUCUCAAAGCCUCCAAUUGAGCCGGGUGAGAGGGAUUUCCUCAUAAGUCAUAUCAUGAAUUAUACUUUGCAGUGCCAGGGUAACAGUUUUCAACUACACACCGUGUACUAUACUAAUUAUUACCCUGUACACUGUGUAUGUAUGGUACAUGUAUAUUUUACACACGUAUAUUUACAGUUCAUAUACAUUGUACAUUUUCUUUUUUCAGUUUUUGCCUAGGUUCAAAUGAACUUAACUCACAAACCGUAAGAAAAAGCCCAUUCCAAAAUUUUCUGGAAAUGUUGGUUACGUCUUAAGCUAACAAUUGAAAAAAAUUAUGCAUUUUGAAAGCUAUACAUUUUUGUAAAUCAAGGUCAAAGGUUAUAUAUUUGCAUAUAUAUUUGCAUUUGCAGUGGUAGGUGGAAUAAUUUUGAUUUUGUUUUUAAAAUGAAGACCAUUUUAAGAGGUUUAAAACAAUGAAAAUUUUAUCUCUGUCGGUGCUUUCCUUCAGGAUAUGUGGCUGUCCAAACA